AUGCCCUCAUACACAUCAGUCCACCUCGCUGAGCGACCCAAGGACGGCAUCGUAGCUGGCAAAACCUUCACACCCAAGUCUCACCCGAUCCCUUCGGCCUCCUCGCUCAAAGAUGGCGAAGUCCUCUUCCAGACCCUCUAUCUCUCCAUCGACCCCGCCAUGCGUGGCUGGCUUAAUCCCACACGCUCCUACAUUCCUCCGGUUCAAAUCGACGCGGUAAUGCGCGGACAGGGCAUCGGCCUCAUCCUCGCGAGCAAAAACCCAAAAUUCCCCGUCGGCACCUACGCAAAGGCCAUGUGCGGCUGGGCCGAGUACGCCGUGAUUCCAGGAAAGGACGUCGAGUCUCUGGAUCUUCCCGAGGGCGCUGUGCCAACGGAUGCGUUGGGUGUCCUUGGGAUGACGGGACUUACAGCGUACUUUGGUCUCCUUGAUGUUGGUCAGGUUAAACCGGGAGAUUUUGUCGUUGUGAGCGGUGCGGCAGGCGCAACCGGAAGUGUCGUGGGCCAAAUUGCUAAGCUCAAGGGCGCAAAGGUUCUGGGGCUUGCGGGCGAGGAUAGCAAAGUUGCGUGGCUCAAGGACACGCUAGGAUUCGACGAGGCGCUCAACUACAAGGACCCGGAUUUUGUGAACAAGUUCCGCGCUGCGACCAAGGGACUGAUUGAUCUUUUCUUUGAUAACGUAGGCGGAGAGAUUCUCGAUUUGGCUUUGAGUCGCGCGAAGCCGCAUGCACGAUUCGUCAUUUGCGGUGCGAUUUCUGAUUACAACAACAAGAAGCCGGCUGGACUCAAGAACUACAUGAUGAUCAUCUCGAUGCGUAUUCGCAUGCAGGGUUUCGUUAUUUUCGACUAUGCGGACAAAUACGCUGAGGCGAGGAAGGAGCUGGCGCAAUGGCUAUCCGAGGGCAAGAUUAAGCGCAAGGAGACUAUUUAUGAGGGCGGAAUUACCAAGGCCGAAGAAGCGCUGGUUGGACUGUUUGAAGGCAAGAACACAGGCAAAAUUCUGGUAAAGGUGGCAGAUCCCGAGGCUGCCAAGUCGAGGCUAUAG